AUGAUCGAGACCGACAUUGACAUUCUGUGCCCUGCCCGAUCUGCUGUUUUCAACGACAACCCUUCCAUUGACGAGGAGAUCAAGGAUCUGACAACCCAUGUACGAGAGCAUGUGCAAAAGCUCUUGUCGACUCUUAAUGCAAGAGCAUCGCUACUCAGGAAUGCUGAAAGAUUCGAACUCGCCCUGAACGACGCCAUCGCCAUGAUAAAUAUCGCACCUUCUUCACCCUUGGGCUAUCUACGUGCUGGUGAUAUUGCUUCGCUUCGAGGACAGCACGCGUCAGCCAUCGAGAUGUAUGAUUAUGGAUUGGAACGCUCACCAAAGUCUCACCCACACUAUGAACAACUUGUCAAAGCACGAGAAGCAGCAUACAGCAUCAACAACAAGCGUAUCGAUUUCAUCAGCAGAUUGCCAUUGGAUAUAGUGAUGCACAACAUUAUCCCAAGGAUGUUGCAAGGUCGAAACCUAGUUGAGCUCGGGAAGCCAUGCAACUAUUUGGAUGUGUCUCGUAGCUGGCGACAACGAUUGGCACUAGUGAAUGGAUUGGAAUAUGAAGUUGGACCUGAGGAUUUAUCAGCCGAUGGAUUUGAACGCGUAUACGAUAUGGCACCUUUUAUGAGAUCAUUGACCGUCGACCAGUCCAUGAGAGAGAUCUUAUCCAAAAUGAUCAGACGGCGUGGCAACUUUAGGAUGUUGAAAAAGCUGCAUAUCUAUGAAUCUACCGCACGAGGGCACGCGUCUCUGCUUUCAUCUUUACGAUCAUUGAGCAACACAUUGACGGAGCUGGAGAUUGAAUAUGGAUAUCACACAACACCCAAACAGCGUUAUCGACUAUGCGAUCUCCUGGAUGCUUGCCCCAAUCUUGUGUCAAUAAGCGUGGGUAGAGGAGAUAUCGACAUGUCAUCUGUCACCAAGACAUACCCAAAGCUCAUCAAGUUGGCGUUGCGGAAUAGGGAUCCCGAAGUAAACGAAGGCAACGUUUCAUCGCUUUUGCAACCAUUUCCCCAACUACGUGUCUUGAAGUUGCUUCCUGUAUCAGGCUCGGAGAUUUUUUCAGCCAUUGACCAGCAUUGUCCAUUAUUACAACACCUUAUCUUGUCGAGUGGUCCUGUUGAAUUUCCUGAUAUCUUGCACACGCCAGAGAGAACAGGUUUACGUGCCCUGAGUGUUCCCACCAGUGACUAUCUUGGACGCUUUAAGGAAGAUGAUAUGGUGCAAUACUUGGUGAAACACAGCGAAACGAUUGAGGCAUUUGAUGUUGGCGAAAUCUUUGGAUUUUAUACGCCCAACGAUUUACUGCAUCAGGCAGCCAGCCAACAAGUAACCUUCAAGCAGUUGCGCCGAAUCUCUUAUCCAGGUGGUGCUGAAGAAGGCCUUGUUUCGUUUAUUUUGUGGAUAAUACAACAUGCACCUCAUUUGGAAUCGAUCGACACUGUUGCAGGUCCUCACCAAACACGCAUCAUGCAGGAGUUGUGUAAACCUACCUACUCCCAUCUAAAGCGACUUGGUAUGCGAGGCUGCUAUGCUAUGUUGGAAGAGGAAGAGCGAUUGAUACAACAUCAUUUGGAACUGCGGGAGCAAUCGAGCCUGAAAGAAAUGAAGAUUGAUAUCUUUGAAGAUACUUUAGACGAUAUACCUUUGUUGUCAGUGAUUCCUGGAUUAAAGCAGUUGACCACGCUUGAGUUAUACACCGAACACCCACAUUAUUGUCGGUCCUGGGAGUUGAUCAUGUCACAGCUGGCUGAAGGAUGUCCUGCCCUGGAACAGCUCACAGUGUCAACCAACACGAGCCGCCCUUUGUUUUUCAAUGACAUUAAUCAUAUGUCCUCUCAUCGCAACCUCAAACGCAUCGUCAUCAAUGCUUUCGAGAUGUGUGGUGAUGUAUUACAAUUUCGCGAGCGUUUCAAGGAUCUCGAAUCAUUUCAUCUCAAUAUCUACAAAUAUCACUGGAGCACCAUUGAUCUUUUAGAAAAUGGAGCCUUCCACUUUGUAUUUAGCCUAAAAAAGCCUGGGACUCUCUUUCCCUUUUAA